CUCCUGUGGCCUGUGUGCAUCAGUGACAUCAGUGACAGUGUCAGGUUGUUGCAGUUGCGCUCAAGCAACCAGGCACUGGUACCUGCAGCCUGCUGACGAAUACAGUGUGAGCUGAUCCAGAUUCUGCGGGCACAUCAUGGGAAACUGCACAUCAGGGACAAAGAAGAAAAGGAAAGGGAACUUUGCACCAGAUGAUAGAAACAGCACAGAUAAUAAGCCUACUGAGGAUGUAACAUACGUCUGUAUUGACUACAACGCUGCCAAAGGAUCAAGAACAGCCAAAACUUUGACCAACGAUGAUUGUGACUACGCCACAAUUCACGUCCCAGCAGAAACUUUAUCUGAGUGCUCAUCUAAAGACGACUGUGCAGAUGAUUAUGUGAUUAUGGGAUGAACAUAUAGUUCCGUUCAGGCAAUUUCAAGAUGCAGAUGGAGUAGAUAAUAGCAUAAAGAGGAGAACUGUCAAGUUUCCAGUUGAACUGCUCAAAUCUUGAUUUUCGAUGGAAAAAAACUGUGACAAAAUGAAAAAGAAGAAAAAGCCGCUCCUCUCCUCCAACAGCAGCUGUGGAAACAUCAAAUCCCUGAGAUGCUUCCCUUCACCUAUGAGGAAACCUGAUGUCUGGACAAUGUGAAGGCCUUUUAGUCUGAUAUUCCCGACUUCCUAAUAAAUGUAUCAAACAUCCUGAAGCAGUAUACGUCAAGGCUCAGACUCGAAGACCUGAAGAUGCAAAAGGGGUCCGUCGGUUCUCCAAGGACAGUCACACUGUCACACUGCUGAGAACAACACCAAAGUGUGAAAUAUUCAAGCCAUCUGUGGAGUUUUUUUUUAAAUGACUUAGAAAUUAUUCCAAAUGCAUACGUAUCGUUUUUAGAAAAUGAUAUAUAUUUCAAAAUUCUCCAUCUCCAUCCGCUGUCACAAAAGUUUGAUCUUUAUCAAUAGUUUACUCCGCCUUCAACCACAGUUUCAGUUGAGCCCAAGUUAGGCUGCAUAACACGUCAACAAGCCCAGACUUCAAGUGUCACUCAACUGUUUGCACUGUAGAAUUGUGUGUGCACUUUACGUCACAUGCCAUAUCAUCAAAUUUAUGAUGACAGAAUGUAAUGUUGCAAAAUUUUUCCUCCAACGAUCUAUUUCUCCCUCUACUGCACAUGCGCCACCUAAAAUAUACUAGAAAUACAGACUGUAUUUAAGGCCUUAGAGUUUAUGUUUUGUAUGUCUCAAGGCACUUUACAUAGUGAGGUCGCGACCUCGCAUGUACCUACCUAGGAUUAAUUAUAUUGAUGCAUAUGAAGUGCACAGUAAGUUUUUUUUGUUUCACUGGGAAUUCAUUGAUCUUUUUAUUUGAUUAAAAGUUUACCAAAACCAA